AUGUUCAACUUGUUUUCACACGAUUCCGUAUGGUUCUCCCCCCCCCCCCCCCCCCCCCCGCCCCUGGAGCUAUGUAACCCUGAGCCAGGAGAGUACCAGUUACACCUGGAGACUGGGGUGCUGAACCUCACAAAGACCCUCUCUCUGUGUGUGGCAAGUACGCCCACCCUCAGUCUCUUCCAGGAAGAAGACUACAUCACCUGUAGGACCAACAGCCCCCUCCCCUUCAACCUCACCUGGAGGUUCUGCUCUCUGUCCAAUGACAGCUGUCAGUCAGAGUCUGCAGCCUGGAAGGAGAUCCCUGCCCCUCCCCCAGAGCUCUGUGACUCAGACCAGUUCUGCCAUAAGAAGGUCCUCAGCUCUCUGGACAGGGUCGAGGUGGGGAACCACUUUGUCAAGUGCUGCAUCGCAAACUCUGUCCACUCACAGUCACACUGCAGCGAGCCACUGUUCAAUGCAGGAAUGGUCUUUCCGCAGCAGCGUACCUUCAAACAACCAUCCAACUCCUCUCAACUCCUGAAGGUGUCCAGUCUGGUUCUGUUCCUGGCUUUGAUGCCGGUCAGCGUGGCACUGCUCUACUUCCUCAGGAAAAAGAAACCCCAGUACCAGAGCCAGCUGCAGGUGAUUCAGAUGACGGGGUCUAAUGACAACGAUUACAUCUACAUCAACUUCAAAGACUUCCAGUAUGACCAGAAAUGGGAGUUCCCCAGAGAGAACCUGGAGCUGGGGAAGGAGCUGGGCUCUGGGGCCUUUGGCAUGGUGCUUCAGGCUACAGCCCACAGCAUCAGCAAGCCUGGGAUCUCCCUGCAGGUGGCUGUCAAGAUGCUGAAAGAGAAGCAUGAGGCAGUGGAGAAAGAGGCUCUGAUGUCAGAGCUGAAGAUGCUGACUCACAUCGGACGGCAUGCCAACAUCGCCAACCUGCUGGGGGCGUGCACUGGCUCAGGGCCAACGUACCUGAUCUUCCAGUACUGCCGUAAUGGGGACCUGCUGAACUACCUGAAGAACAACAGAGAGCUGUACCACAAGUCUCUGACCGAGGCCUUCAGCAGGGAACGCUUCAGCAGACUUUACCACAACCUGCCCAAGAGGAGCUCCACUGGAGGGCAAGAGAGCAUCGCCCUCCUCAGCCUCAACUCCUCUCCCAUGGACACCUCUGAUGGUCCAGGGAUCUAUGAGAAGCUGCAGGAAGAGGAGGAGGAGGAGGAGGAGGAGGCACUGACCUAUGACGACCUGCUCAGCUUUUCCUACCAGGUGGCCAAAGGCAUGGACUUCCUGUCCUCUAAGCACUGUAUCCAUCGGGACCUUGCGGCCAGGAACGUGUUGGUGUCUCAGGGUGGACUAGUAAAGAUCGGAGACUUUGGACUGGCCCGGGACAUCCACAACGACUCCAACUACGUAGUGAGAGGAAAUGUGCGUCUGCCAGUGAAGUGGAUGGCUCCAGAGAGUAUCUUCCAGGGGAUGUACACCAUGCAGAGCGAUGUCUGGGCCUAUGGUAUCCUGCUGUGGGAGGUCUUCUCUCUGGGUUUGACCCCCUACCCGGGGAUCAAGGUGGACAACAACUUCUAUGUGAUGAUAGAGAGAGGUUUUAAGAUGGAGCAGCCGUACUAUGCCAGUGAAUCUGUGUAUAAGAUGAUGUGCAAGUGCUGGGCACUGGAGCCUCGGGACCGCCCUCACUUUGCCAAGCUGGUGGCCUUCAUGGGCGACCAACUGGCCGACAUUGAGGAGAAGCUCUACCGUAACAUCCUGGAUAAGAGCUCCAAUGACUCCUUAUACCAGAAUGCACCAGUGAAUUCUGGCCUCUCUGCCUUGGCCAAAGAAAAGGAGAUUCUUUUGACACAGUCACAGAACCAACACUGCAAGACCCAUUCCACUGGCGAGGCCCCAACAACCAAAACAACACCCUCUGACAUGGAUGCCAUGGAGGCUGAUGAGGGUACACCUCUGUAAUCAUACCCCUGAGUGCAGGGGCCAACCUAUCCUUCUAAUUAUUCUAUUCCAUACAAUAUACUAAGGGAUUACAAAAAAACGGAAACUGCUAUCCGUAACAGCAAAAAUAUUGUAAUCGGAUUACAUAUAGUUUU